AUGAAACACCAAAAACUCCUUCAAAAUCUACUAAUACUAGUAACUAUCCUAAUCCUUUCAACCACAUGGACCAUAGCAGAUGAAGUUGACGAUGAGAGUGAGUUUGAUUACAUAAAAGGGAGCAAAAAGGGUCCUUUACAUUGGGGAGAAAAGAAGGAAUGGGCAACAUGUAAAAAUGGGAUAAUGCAAUCUCCAAUUGAUAUGUCAAGUAACAUAGUGAAAGUUGUGCCAAAGUUGGGAGAACUAAAGAAGAAUUAUAAGCCUCAAAAUGCUAUUAUUAGAAACAGAGGUCAUGAUAUUCAGCUGAAAUGGGUAGGAGAUGCAGGGUCAAUAAAUAUCAAUGGGACAGAAUUUUUUCUACAUCAACUCCACUGGCAUUCACCUUCUGAACACACCAUUAAUGGCCAAAGGUAUGAUAUGGAGCUACACAUGGUUCAUGAAACCCUAAGAAUAAAUGGGAAAAGCAAAAUAGCUGUCGUUGGACUUCUCUAUAAAAUUGGUGGACCCGAUUCCUUUCUUACUAAGUUGUCAAAAUAUAUCGAAACCAUCGAGGAUUCUAAAGCAGGAAGAGGCGUUGGGGUGAUUGAUCCCUCAGAAGUCAAGUUGGGAUGCGAGAAGUAUUAUAGAUACAUGGGUUCCCUCACUAUUCCUCCUUGUGAUGAAGGUGUCAUUUGGACUAUUAAUAAAGAGAUAAGAAGUGUGUCUAAAGCGCAAUUGGAGUUACUGGAAGAGGUUGUUCCUGAUCAUGCAGAGAUGAAUGCUAGACCUGUGCAACUCCUAAAUGGAAGAGAAAUACAACUAUAUGAUUAA